GGGGAGAGCCGGACGCUGGGUGAUGCGGCCCCCGAGCGGCGGCUGAGCGCCGAGGCCGGGACGGAGGCGGGCGGGCGGCCGCCAGCUCCCGGGGCCCGCCGCGGCCCGCAGCCCCCCCGCCCCCCGCCGAGGGCUGCCUCACGGUAGAACAUGAGCAGGUAAUGCACAAGGAGCACCACUGGGAAUCAUGUCAGACGAGUCAAUCUCAGGGAGUGAUCCGGACCUGGACCCGGACUUGGAGCAGGAGGAUAUGGAAGAGGAGGAGGAGGAAGAUGAGGAGGAGGCGAUGGAGGAGGAUAAUGAUGGGGAUGACGAGGAGGACUUACUUGAUGAGAGUGACCAACCCCAGGAAGCUGUGUUCAGCGGUGACCAUGUUGAACAUGCAGAGGAUGGAGAAUGGCAGCGCUCUACUUCAACUACCUCAUCUCAGAGUGAGCGGGCAGAGCGACUUUUGCAGAACCAGCACAAGAGCCUGGCCUCUGAGGACACCAAAAAGAAGAGGGCUCAGAAACCGUCUCACAUGCGGAGGAACAUAAGAAAGCUGUUGCGUGAGGACCAACUGGAAGCCGUGACAAAAGCAGCCCAGCAGGAAGAGUUGGAGAGAAGGAAACGGCUAGAGCAGCAGCGGAAGGAUUAUCCAGCCACUAUACCAACUGUACCCCUAGAGUUUCUUCCUGAGGACAUCGUUUUCAGAACAGCAGAGGCUACUCAGCUCCCCCCUCAGGUCCUGGCUGAGGAAGUGAUUUGCCUAGAUAGUACCAGCAGUGGCAGUGAAGAUGAUGCUAAAGGAAAAAAUAGCAUUAAAGAUGAAGUGAUUGAGCUGAGUUCGGGAGAGGAUGAUGCCCUCCAAAUUGUGGACAGCAGUGACUCUGGCAAUGAAGGGGAGGAGGAUGGCAGUGAAGAGAGCAGUGGCUCUCAUGUGAAUGAUGCCUUAAAUAAGUCAGAUGCUCUGGGGCAGGUCAUUGUCAACAUCAAUCAUCCACCAAACGAGGAGGACAUUUUCCUGGCUCCCCAGCUUGCACAUGCAGUAAAACCUCAUCAGAUUGGUGGGAUCCGAUUCCUGUAUGACAACUUGGUUGAGUCCUUGGAGAGAUUUAAAACCAGCAGUGGGUUUGGGUGUAUUUUAGCACAUAGCAUGGGCCUGGGCAAGACCAUACAGGUCAUCUCUUUCUUGGAUGUACUUUUUCGGCACACGGAGGCAAAGACUGUUCUUGCCAUUGUACCUGUGAAUACGCUCCAAAACUGGCUAGCAGAAUUCAACAUGUGGCUCCCAGCACCUGAAAACCUUCCUGCUGAUUAUAACUCCAAAGAGGUCCAGCCCCGCACCUUCAAAGUCCACAUCCUGAAUGAUGAACACAAGACAACAGCUGCGCGUGCAAAGGUGGUGAAUGACUGGGUCAUAGAAGGUGGUGUGCUGCUUAUGGGAUAUGAAAUGUACCGUCUCCUCUCACUGAAGAAGUCCUUUGCCACUGGCAGGAAGAAGAAAACAAAGAAACAAACUGGCCCUGUCAUUAUUGACUUGGAUGAGGAAGACCGGCAGCAAGAGCUUCUGAAAGGGAUUGAGAAAGCUUUGUCUCGCCCUGGCCCAGAUGUGGUUAUUUGUGAUGAGGGACACCGGAUAAAGAACUGCCAUGCCAGCACUUCGCAGGCCCUGAAGAACAUCCGCUCCCGCCGGCGGGUGGUGCUGACUGGCUACCCCCUCCAGAACAACCUCAUUGAGUAUUGGUGCAUGGUAGACUUUGUCCGACCUGACUUUCUAGGCUCACGGCAGGAAUUCAGCAACAUGUUUGAGCGCCCUAUCCUGAAUGGGCAGUGUAUUGACAGCACCCCUCAAGAUGUCCGUCUCAUGAGGUAUCGCAGUCAUGUCCUGCAUAGCCUGUUGGAAGGCUUUGUGCAGCGGCGAGGCCACAAUGUGCUGAAGGUUCAGCUCCCAUCUAAGGAAGAACAUGUCAUUUUGGUACGUCUAUCAAAGAUACAGCGGGCCCUUUAUACGGAGUUCAUGAACCGGUUCCGAGAUGCAGGCAACAGUGGCUGGCUGGGACUGAACCCACUCAAAGCUUUCUGUGUGUGUUGUAAGAUCUGGAAUCAUCCAGAUGUGUUAUAUGAAGCUCUGCAAAAGGAGAAUCUGGCAAAUGAGCAGGAUUUGGAUGUGGAUGACCUUGGCACAGCAAGUACUAAUUCCCGCUGCCAGCCUCAGGGAAUUAAAGUCAAAACAGAGAGUAAUGCAUUGGCAUCACCAGUUGGAGAAGCUACCAAUAGCAAGUUCCUCCAGAGUGUUGGCUUCAACCCUUUUCAGGAGAGAGCAAAUCAGGUCGUUACUUAUGAGUGGGCCAAAGACAUCUUGUGUAAUUACCAGACGGGAGUCUUGGAGAACUCACCCAAGAUGGUGUUACUGUUCCACCUAAUUGAGGAAAGUGUGAAGCUUGGAGACAAGAUCUUGGUCUUCAGCCAGAGCUUGUCCACGUUAUCCGUCAUUGAAGAGUUUUUGGCAAAGAGACCAAUGCCGAGUCCUCCAGGCUCAGAUGGAGGAGUUCACAACUGGGUCCGAAACAUCAACUAUUACAGACUGGAUGGCAGCACCUCUGCCUCGGAAAGGGAACGACUGAUUAACCAGUUCAAUGACCCCAGCAACACCUCUGUUUGGCUCUUCCUUUUGUCCACACGUGCUGGGUGUUUGGGUGUCAACCUCAUUGGAGCAAACAGAGUGGUGGUGUUUGACGCUUCUUGGAACCCGUGCCAUGACGCCCAGGCUGUGUGCCGAGUGUACCGCUAUGGGCAGAAGAAGCCGUGCCACAUUUACAGACUGGUUUCUGAUUACACCCUUGAGAAGAAGAUCUAUGACCGUCAGAUCUCCAAGCAGGGCAUGUCGGAUCGAGUGGUAGAUGAUCUCAACCCAGUGCUGAACUUCACCCGGCGGGAGGUGGAGAACCUGCUGCAUUUUGUGGAAGAAGAAUCUGAUCCUGCUCAGCUCUCCCUCAAUCCAAGCAAGAUGAAGGAGUCUGUUCUACAAUUAGCCUGUCUCAAGUAUCCUCACCUCAUCACCAAGGAGCCUUUUCAGCAUGAGUCACUGCUGAUCGACCGGAAGGAGCACAAGCUGACCAAGGCAGAGAAGAAAGCAGCCAAGAAGAGCUAUGAGGAGGAAAAGCGAGCAUCCGUCCCCUACACCCGGCCGUCCUACGCACAGUAUUACCCAGCCAGUGACCAGAGUCUGACGAGCAUCCCUGCCUUUAGCCAGAGGAACUGGCGACCAGCCCUCAAGGGUGAGGACAAGCCGGUAGCAAGCGUCCGCCCAGUUCAAUCCACCCCCAUUCCUAUGAUGCCCCGGCAUGUCCCCAUGGGCAGUGCAGGAUCAACUUCAAGUUCCAACCCUGCUGUCAACUUCCCCAUCAACUAUCUACAGCGAGCCGGUGUCUUUGUGCAGAAGAUUGUCACCACCACAGAUAUUGUGAUUCCGGGUACAAACACAUCCACUGAUGUACAGGCAAGAAUCAGUGCUGGCGAGAGCAUCCACAUCAUCCGAGGGACAAAAGGGACGUAUAUCCGUACCAGCGACGGGCGGAUUUUUGCUAUCCGGACCACUGGGAAGCCAAAGGGCAAUGAAGACCGUCGGACAGCUGCCUCAGGCUCCCAGAGCUCUUCACUGGAGUCCACAAGCAAUGGCAGACACAGUGCCUCAUCACCGCAGCUCCCCAGCACGGAGGAGCUCACUCGGCCCAUAUCCCCUGACAGCCCCGAGAUCAUCAGCGAGCUGCAGCAGUAUGCGGAGGCAGCGGCUGCCCGGGAGUCCCGGCACAGCUCUCCCAGCACCAACGCAGUGCAAGGCCACCCUGCCCGCACAGACAAUGCGCCUGGCUUAGCAGCCCGAGGAGCGGAGCAGCAUGUGGGGAUUCACUGCAUGGCUCCCUCUGUGUCUUCAGCCCUACCGGCCACCAGCCAGCACGUCGAUGCCCACUCGGUGUUGGACUUACGGGGCAACAAGCGCAAGUCGACCUCGCCGUCGGCUCCGGAGGAGCAAGCCCGCAGGCAGCAGAAGAAGCGCCAGUUGCCAUCGUCCAUGCAGCCGUACGAACACGGGUACCCCGUCUCUGGAGUUGAAAACCGAGGGGUUCUGAGCAAACUGCUGGACAACUUGUCUUUGGAUGCACCAUGGAAAUAAAAAUCAAACCCCCCCACAAAAGUAACAAAGCAAAUUAACUGAUGGUGUUCAUGCAAGUUUCUCCAAAGACUUGACAGUGCUGCAUCUGUGAGUCAUGCCCUCCUGUGCUCUGUGUGUCCACCUCAUGCACAACCCUGUGACAUUGUAUGACCGAGCUUGCCCAGAUGUCCGUUGCAUCCCUGUGAGGCUGUCAGUUUUCCGGUGGAUUUGGGGAAUGGACCUAGGCAAGGGCUUUCCUUGUCGAGAGUAGCAAGUGUUGAGACCUGCGGGCGCAUGUGGGAGGCCGGAGCGUGAGCAGACCCUCACCAGAGCCCUGCCACAGCCCCCCUCCUCGUUGGUGGUGGUCAGGGUAGUGGGGUUCAUCUGAGGGACCCUCCCAAGUCCUCUCUGAACAGGGCUUUUCUGUGGCUCUGUGCUGGGACGAGGCAUGAAGAUUCUGCUGGGGGCAGUUGGCACCACGGCUCUGGAAGCGGUCGGUACCUGUGACUGCAUGCCAUUUUCUUUGCUUCCUGCUUCUCCAGGAGAGCCUCUGGGGCACGUCCCCGUGCUGCCAUCUGGUCUGAUGUCCUCCCGGGGCUCCCUGGCAUAGCCCAAGCCCUGUGGCCGUAGGAGCUGGAGGCAGCCGGUGCUCAGCUGCUGCAGGGUGCACGCUUUGUGCCACGGGCUGACUGUUAACCUCCUGGCACCAGGGCGAGUUGUGAGGGCUCUCCUGGCUCCUGCGUGGCCAUGGCAGCUGGGAGACCCUUCACCACCCUCCCGUGGUGCGGCUGCCCCUGGAUACUACCUGCUGCAAGGGGCUUCAUCUCGCUAGCAAACAUCUGCAGCUCCGGGCAGCUGCAGCACAGUGCCCCAGUACAGCAAGCACCCAAGCGGAACCCUGGCCGCUCUCCCUGAGCAGAGCAGGGUGGUGCGGCACCUCUCUGCCCCACGUACCAGCCCUGAGCACCCCAUUAACGAGAGGCCGGGUCCCCCGGGCCUCUUCGGAGCCUUGGCUGAGAGGUGGUUGCAGAGGGAGCCGUGACGCCCCGACCACGGGGCUCCCGUGGGGGCUGGCAGUGACUGGGGCUGCUCCAAGGUGACUGGCGGCACCUGCUCUCCCAUGGCACUGUGGCAAGGAAGCUGCGAGGGUGUGUGGGUUAUCCAGGGGCUUUCCAAGUGGGGACACCUCUCUGAGCCCUAAAAGUCCUCUCCCAUGGGACUCCCUCUCCCCCUCAUCUGGCCUCCCCAGACUUUGCUCCUCGUCAGCAUGUGGUUCUGCUGCAGAGGGUCCUGUCUCCGUUUUCCUGAGCCUGGAACAAGGGCUUUUCCCUGCACGGGUUAAAUUUUUCUUUUGCUGCUGAAUUUCUGUCUCCAAAUGACCGGAUGGAAGCAGCUGCCAGUUCCAGUUUGCGGUGGGGCUGUGGGUGACACUGAGGACAGCAGUGCAGGACUCUCCGCUGAGGUUUUUGGAUGCUAAGGAAGAUAUCUGAGCACAGCCCCGAGGCUGGGGCAGAGCAGCAGGGGCCCCGGGGGCGGCCGGCUGCCCUCUGUGUCGGCACCCAGCCCUCAGCCCUUCCCUUAGGUGGGAGGUUUCCACUCCUGGGGACAGUCGAGCGAAGGCUGGGUACCGCUGCGGGACAUGAUGCCACAGGCGUGGGGAGCGCUGUGGCUGCUGUGUGCCCUGGUCUUGGUGGUCUUGUUGCCCCUCUGCUGGUGCAGCUCGGGGGGGCUGCGGGGUGGGGGAAACAUUGCCCAGCCUGGCCCACGUUGGGCAGGAUCUGCUGCACGUUGGCCUCCUGGCGUGCCUGGGAGGUUGGUGGGGUGGAUGCAGGUACUCACAGAAAGCAAAUAUUCCGGCAAGCAAAGGAUGGGAUUUCCACGGGGGCUUUGCUAAAAAUAAUGUAUAUUUUGGCUUAAUGAUGUCAGCAAAUGGCUGAAUGCAAGAGAAUUGCUGUUGGUUUGUGGGUGGCUUCCAGACCAACAGGGACAAGUACAGCAAAUACCUUCACAACUGGUGUUUCUCGCCACUCUGGGAUGGAUUUUGUUAAUCCAGUCUUGGAAGGACCGGGGGGAGGGCUGGGGUGGGGGGCAGAGGUUAAAAGGGGAACGUAGUCCAGCUAGAGUACAGUGAGAUGAUGGCUCCUUGCAACUCAGAGCAAGCGCUCCCUUCGAAGGGACGACGGUGCGAGUGAGGGAGAGCAACCUCUGCCACCUCCCGGACCACCACCACCACCCGCUGCUGCUUUGUGGCUCCCACCUUGGUGGCACCCAGCUCGGAGCUGGAGUCUCUGGCAGAUCCACAGGAGCCUGAAGGAAUCCAUCACUGAGUCUCAUUUUGGGUUUUCUGUUGGUUUGGGGUUCUUUGGGUUUUUUUCUUUUCUUUUUUACUACCGCCUUAGUUUGUGGCCUGUCUUUUUGUGGUUGGAAAGAGGAGUAUCGCUAGCAGGGUGGGUUGGUCGGUUGGCCCCACGCAUGAUCAUGUGCUUCCCUCUUCUCUCUGUCAAACGGGAUGUGCUCGCCUGAUCUCCCAGAACAGAGACUUUGAACAAUUUGUUGUUUAUAUGAUGUAUUUAUUUUUACUUGUGUUUCAUGUCAUUUUUUAAAAAAAUAAUAAAUUGUAAGUUGGUAUAA